GUAUAGAUAUUUUUGAUUUCGAAUGUAGACUAAAGUUCUACAAAAGUUACAGCUGUAAAUGCAGGUUCUUCUUAUAAGGUUAAAAGUACAUCUUAGUAUUUAUAGUAGGACUGAACUGACACCGAAUAAUUUGGAACAUUUAAAAUAUGAACAUUAAUUGUGAGCUUGAUCGCUUUUUUCUAAUCACAAAUGGAAACUACUGCUAAGGGUACAUAUGUACAUAUGUGCCUGUGGGUUGUGGUAGUGUUCACUAUUACUUAACUGAUCACCUAACCAAAACUUUUUGGCACCAGUGAUUGAUUUGCAAUAUGAACUCCGACCCAACUUCACUGUCAUAGGUCUUUUGGAUUUUGUAAAGGUUUUUGUAGUUAUUAAGACUUAAGGCAGAGCUUUGCCACUUGCAAUUGUCUAAUUUUGCAGACUGCAGCUGACUGUAGAAUAUUCUCAACUAAUAAUUUUUGAAGCCUAAUUUCUUCCUUCAUUUUAAACACUUUCAUACGAUUAUCUUAGCAAAACCAUCUGCAGGCCAUCCCAGCACUCAAAUUUAUGAUUACUCACGAAGACUAGUCAACAGAUUUGGAUUUGUUUCAAUAAUAUUCCUAUCAACACAAGUCUUUAUUUGUUUACACGCAAAAUUCUUAUAAAAAUGAAAGUGUGCUGGAAUUCUCCGAACUCGCUUCAACUUUACCUAAGCGCGGACAUGGCCAACAAAGCGAGUGUUGUGCAGAAAAAAAAAACGUUUGAGCGUUCAAAAAACCUGUAGAAUUGCUCAAUAGAUAAGCGCUAACAAUCGUAAAAGCGACGACAACGGUGCAGAAGCCAAGGAGAGUAGUGAAAAAAAAACAAAAAAUACCAACAGCAAUGAUAAUAACAAAAUAGCAACAUUGGGUACAAAAACAACAAAAUAGUCAAAUAAUCUUGUAUGUAGUAGACAAAAUAAUAAAAAUGUAUGUAUUCAGAGUAGUGAAGGCAAGAGUGGCAGUGUCAGGAGAGCGGCGGUCAAUUGAGGUGCGACUUGCCUAUUACUCGUCAACCUUAACGUCGCUGUCAACGACGCAAUCACCAUGAAUGUGACAAACUAAUGUGCCAGCAUUAGGCAAAGUUAUUUGCAGUUGUUUUUGUAUUUUGAGUUUUUUGGAGCCGAUCGCACACGAACGAGUGCGACACAGCACCUAAAAAUAUCGGUUCGAAUGUCUCUCUAAUGCGUCAGAGCACUUCACAAUGCAAUUUCGCUGCUCAUAAACGCCAAACGCCAAACACCAAUAACAACAACAUCAAAAUAAGAGCCGAAACUAAUUUAUUUGAGGAGCCGACCGCAGAAACAGUAAAAGCACAACCGCAAGGCAGCGCCGUUACCGCAGCUGCGACGGCAAUGAAAGUAAUGGCAGCAGCGCGCUGCCACACUCAGUACAAAUGGUAGCUUUGAAGGGCAGCAAAUGCAACAACAACGAUCACAGCAAGCCCGAGCGUUACGGAGCGAAAAGAAAUUAAUGAAAAAAAGUAACAACAACAACUUUUUGGCACAUUAAAUAUUGAGUUUUGUCAACACACCGAAUGGCGACGGCGAAAACACACAUAAACCGCCCGCGUCCCCUCCGCUAGCGCCCACACAAAGCCCAUACACAGCACGUUUUUGUUUUUUGCAUGCGUGUGUGUGUGUGGGCAUAUACAAGCUCACGCUUUAUGCGUUGUUGGAUCCACAUUGACGACAGACCAGAUCCAGUGGCAAGUCAAUUUGACUAACAGGCUAGUCGGCCAGCUGGCUAGCUGACUGACUGACAAAGCGAGCCACCAAGUGCCAGACACUCUACACGCUUGUCAGUGUGUGGCGUGGUGUUGAAGACGGUGGUGUGCAAAUAAGCGAAGGGGACGGACGUGACGUAAGGUGGCACAGGCGAGUAUUUUUGAUAACCGUUGCGCUUGACACAUGACAGCAACAGCAACAGCAACGGCGGCAGCGGCAGAGACAGUGACGGCGACAUCGUUGGCAGCGACAGCACAGUGGCAAAUAGCUACAUUGUACUCUUCCGCAAAAGAUGUGCUGAGCGGCGAGCAAAGUUGGAGUGACAGCAACAAAUGCUAGCGCUGCGAUUGGAAGACCCUGAGAGAAGUGUGUUAAAGUGUUAGUUUCGCAUGCGAUAUACAGGGUAUGCGAUUUCGUUGCGCGGGAGCAGUGCACCGCCAUUUUACUGUAUUGUUUAUUUGAGACGUCCAAAGCUACUAGAAUGAUUAACAUGAUAACUAAAACAUUAGAGCUGACAUUUAGCUUCAAGCGGCCUCAAUUACAUUGCAAAUUCUGAAAUUAUAACACUAAAAACUUAUUUUAGAAGAGAUCGACAAGCCGACUAAAGAGCAGCGUAUUACAAAAACGCUCAACAUAACCUCAAACUUUUAUACAAGUUGUAAAUACCAUAGAUACAAGAUUUCAUUACUUAUUGUUAGGUUUUAAAUGAGCUAGUUCAAUAAAUAAGUAAGAAGUUAAAUAAUAAUAUGCAAUAUGACCUCAAAAUUGUAUAUAUAAAAUUGAAAAAGUAUACAUCUUAUUGGUAGUUUCUACAGUGUGCAACAAAUUGAAUGACCCUGUAUUACAUAUGCUGAUGCAUUCAGCGAUACAGUGUUUCGCUUACAGUCUCAAAUCUCUUCAAGCUUCACACUUAAUGGAUUUCAUAUAUGGUGCAUUUUCCUCAAAUAACUCUCAAGGUCAGCAAUAUCACAAGGAAAUAACUUUUAAUAGCGUAAAAUUAUAUAUUGUUUUGGUACUUAUUUUUACAAAUCUAAAAAUCGAAACAAUGCCAAAAAUUUAGUGGAAAUUUUACUGGAAAUUUUUUGUUUUGUUUUGAGUAUACUUAAAUAUAAUUCGUAUUUGAGAAAUCCACAACAUGCAUACCGAAAAGGUACUAGGCAAAGCGGCUGACGUGAGAGUAAAGAAGGCUGACAUAACUGACAAUUGGUUGCUCAGGUCGAAUACCGGCAAAGGCAAGUUAAUGUUAAAGGAUGAGUUAUUAUAUAUUAGUGAAUUCUAUGCGGCAAACUUGAGAUCGCACUUUUUACAUAACAAAUCGAUUAGAGAAUCUUCCAUUUGUCAAAUAAUAUCCCGAUAUACAUACAUAUGUAAGUCUCAAAUAAAAGAGAAGGUCAUCAAAACCAGAAGAAUUAUGAAACUAGACUAGCUUUUCUUAUAUUCUACAACUGUAAGUAUAUUGCACUGUUUGGUCCAGAAUUUCGGAGCGAUCCCACUGUACCAAGUCAUAAAUACCGUACUUAAAAUAUAUGCGAACGUGUGCGAGGAAAGGUGAUACACAGGCGACGGGAGGUUAUGUGUUGCGCUGUAUUUGCUUUGGAUGAAGCCGCAACUGGUGGCGGCAUUGCUAGAGCUUGUGGUGGUCACUGAUUACGGCUAGGUGAGAAUGUGACGAGAGAUGUAGAAAAACACAAAUAGAAACAGCGAUUCAAAGCAAGUGCUAUGGGCGAGUUACUUUGCGCUCGCCGCAUGCAUACGAGUAUAUAUGAGUAUAUAUGUAUGGAUGUAUGUGUGUAUGUGCGCUACAAAGCUGCUACAAACACAUAAAAUGUCCAAGUUUUUGUUGUUGAAUUUUAUUGCCGUUGACUGGCAUUGCUAAUGCUGUGUUUUCGAAAACUUGACUGCUUCGUUUGUUUUUUUUUUUUGUUGUUUUGUUAUUGCUGCAAGUGAUCGCGCUCGCGAGUAAACACACAGCACACUUGAGAAGCAAUAAAUAUGGAAGCAAAAACACUCGCACACGAAACACACACUAUUUGGACGGACAUAUGUGGUGAGCGCAGCAGCAAGCUGUGGGGGCGGAGGACAGUGAAAUACGAAAAAAUGCGCAGCAACAAAACUCAGCUCGCCAACGCCGCCACAUGUCAGAAAAUGGAAAACAACAAGAGAAACAAAGCGAACGCGCAACAAAAACAAACAACAACAAAAGCAACAUAUACGAACACCAAUACAUAGGCAUAUAGUAAAUAUAUAUGUAUAUAUAAUAUAUGUACAUAUAUAAAAACCACAGAGAUAACAACAGCAAUAAAAGCUGCGGCAAGCAACCUUAACAGCAACACAAACAACAACAGCAACAAGUGCGCUGUACAAAUGAGUAACGCAAACAUUAACGGAACGGCAGGCCACGAAAAAAAAUUUGGUAUUUUGUCGUAUUUUCCGAUUUUUAACGAUUCAAGCAACCCGCAACUGCAACUACAACAAUAUUAAUGGCGGUGGAGACCCCGAAAAAGCUGACACAAUCGCGUACGCGCACACACAGUCAAACAUUUUUGUUUUUGUACUAUAAAAUACCCGCACAACAACAACACGUGCAUGUAUGCAGGCAGGCUUGCAUGUGGAGACACCGACAUAAGUACAUACAAGCGUACAUAUUUACAUGCAUAAUUACGUACUCAUGCGAGGCAGCAGUGGUGCUGGUAACAGUUGCCACACCACAAAAAGCACGCCAAGGAACGACAAGGCGACACGCGGCGGCGGCAGGGCAAAGUAAAUGCGAGGCGGAAAGAGAAAAGCACAGCUGAGCAGCGCUUGUGGUUGCCAGUCGUAUUGUCGUUGUUGUUGUUAUUGUUGUUUUCGUAAGCGUUUUUGUUGGCGCUGCUGUUUUGUGAUUGCCUUAAUUGUUGUUGUUUUAGCUUUACUCACUGAUUUCGCUGUUAUUGUUGCAGUUGCUGUUGGCCGACUUAUUUAAAUUUCACAGUUGUUGUUGUUGCUGUGACCGCUGCGCCGCGCUGCAAUGCAAUUGUGUGACUGCUAGCCGCCGCGCGCUAAUACAAAAUUCCAAUUGAAUGUAGUUGCUGUUGUUGUUGACGUGGCUGCUACUCAACUUUGUGACUGUUGCUGCUUUUCGAGUUGUUAAUGCCAGUGCCGUUGUUAUUCCAAAGCUCCAGCAUAAAACGGAAAAACACAAACUGAAAUCCGCGUACACACAUACACACACAUGUUAAACACAGCCUAGCGAGCAAAGGGCAAGAAGCAUGCGAGUAUAGCGGGAGCACAAAGAAGGCGAACAAGAGAGCCAAUUUGAAGCUUAUGAGCAACGAGGGGCGGACGGCGCCUAGCGGUGAGCACUGACUGGUGAAUGGAAAGUGGCGAACGGUGGGGAAUAGUGUAAAGCAGCACUAACAAAAACAAAUACCUAUCAGUUGAAGUGGGGCGCGGGGUAGGGGGAUAACGCGCGUUAAGGUAACAGUAGUAAGAGUUACUCAGCGCUCAGUGGGAGAGUGUAAGGUGCGUUAGAGACGACCGCGGAGGCUACGAGUACGGUUAUGGCAGUGGCAGUGGUGUUGACAAUUCGUUGUGACACAGUGAGGCAAUUGAACGGUUCGCGGUGUCUGCAGCCAAAAAACGCAUAACAGUGAUACUACAAGUAUAUUUGCAUAUUAAUUAGCGAAAAUAUUCAUUAAAGCACAAAUAUCUCGGAAUUAGUGUUAAGAAUCAGUGCGCGCACAUAACUACAUAUGUACUCAUGUAUAUGUGUAUAUGUAGAUAUGUAUUUGUUGUAUAAUAACAAACAAAAAGCAAAAAUAAGUUAGAACGUCAGUCAGCUAGUAAGGUGGUUAGUCAGUGGCAGUGUGAGCAAGUAAUCGCGCGUCAAUGGUAGCCGCGCGGCAGCAGCAGCAGUAACAAAAAGCAGCACUUAGUGCGCGCCCGACAAGCUUUAACACAUAGUCGAAACAACAAUAACAAGCAAUAGCGCCGAUAGCAAAGACGCCAGCACCACAAGCAUACAAGCGAGUGGAGCAAGUACAACGAGCAGCGGCCAACAACGCGUUCGCAGCUGCGAUGACAGCGACGGAGACGACGGAGCAUGCCACACACAGUUUAAAUAUGUGAAAUUAGUACAAAUCGUGAUUUCAACGGUGAACGACGAACGUACGGCGGGCUGCACACAACACAACACGUUGUUGCGGAACGGACGCGCAGGCAACACACCACGGGAAAACAACAACAAAAAGUAAGCGAACAAGCUAGCAAGCUAUCAGGCGAGUAAGCAAACAAACAAGCACAAAGCCAGCCAAGCCAAAGUAAGCAAUCGAGCGAGCGAACGGGCCAGCAACCACGAGCGGUGGAGGAGAAAGAGCGAGUAUAGCAACAAAAAGCAACAAUAAGAAGAACGCAAGUAGUGCUGCAGCCAACACGAAAGCACAGUAGUAGCAAGAGGAGCUAAAAUAAUAACAACAACAAUAACAAUAACAGCGACAACAACAAAAAUUGCUCCACGCCACAAAAAAAAACUGCAAACACCUCCAAAAGCACCAGUGCAUGCCAGGCAAGCAGAUAUUCGGACAAUCAGCUCAGCCAGUUUGCCAGCGAACACAAUAAAAACAAGAGUAAAAAUACAGCUGACGGCUGCACGACACGACGUACGAGCUAAACAUCGCGCGCGCACAUAUUUACGGCACACAUCACACACGAGCGUACAGGCUAAUCGAAUCGAACGAGGCUAAUGCGAGGCGAGUUGGAUUUAUAGGCGAAGAGGAAGGAAACGGCAGUUGCAGCGCAAGGCGAAGGCAACUCCACGGUCACGAAGCUACUAAUACGACUGCACGACUAAAAUCAAGUCAACGCAACAGCAAUAGCAACACGGCAUCACAGGACACUUUGCCAACUUCCCCCAUUCCUAAUCCCAACCCUGAACACCCGCAGUCGCGGUACCACCCCUCACUCUUAACCGCACCUACUAGUCGAGCUUUGCGGCGACGCCUAACACGACAGCAGCAAGUGAACGCAAUACCGAAAAAAUUGCAGGUAUCAGCAAAAACAGAUAAGCGAAACGACAGCACCAAGAACUCCACCACCACCAACACCAAAACCAACACCAAAGGUAACGGUUGUACUAAUAACAGUACACCACGUGAAGGUGACAAUAAGUGUCCCCUGGCGGUUUUGACAGUCAGUACUGUAGUGUCAGCGCUGGCGAGAACGAAAAGGCAACGCGGUAGAAGGCGGCAAGUAGCGGGUACGCGUACUGUAAUCGGUUACAGUUUUGGCAAAAGAAAAACGGGCAGUGCCUUAGAAAAAACGACCACCUGUACAACUAAUAAUAAUCGUACAGUCGUUAAUAGGAAUCGCGUUUGGAAAAGCAACAAUACGGAAUCGCCAAACAACAACUUAUCAAACGAUUCGACAACAUCUAUAACUGAAGUAAUUGAAAAAUCAUUGAAGACGUCGCCCGCAACGGAAUCGCAGGUAUUGGAGCAGAGGGCCAGGGAGCCUAAGGUUGAUUCUGACGCUGAGGAGGCGACGGCGACGACCGAUUCGGCUUUGUGCCCGCCCAAUACCGAUAAAGCUAACAACAUUCCCCCACCACAGCUUCGUCGUCGUCGCAAAGCGCGCCUGACUUAUAAACGCGCGCCACCGACACCAUCGCCGUCUUCCAUGUCCCUGUCGGUGGCGCUGCCAGUACUGCAUGCAGCUGCCUUAACGACAGGUGUGGGGGCGGCGACUAACGGCAACAGUAGCGGUGGCACGGCUGCACUUUCACCCACUUUUGGCGUGGGCGGCGAAUCACUGCCCAGCCCAACAAGCGAUCGCGUCGAAUGGUCACGUUCCACCAUACUUGAUUUCAUCGAGGAUUACCGUAUGCAUCGUGUACUUUGGGAUCCCAACACUAAAGGUUAUCACAUCAAGCAAACCAAGUAUGAGGCACUGAAAUUGCUGGGCAACAAAUAUGGCACUGAAAUACGCUCGAUACGCAGUAAAAUAAAAAGUUUACGUUCGUCAUUUCAUCGCGAACAUGGCAAGGUGAUGAUCGGCAGGCAAAAAGGUGUCCACUACCAGCCCAUGUGGUUUGCAUACGACGCCAUACGUUUCAUACUUGACGGUGAGGGUGGGAACGGAGGAGGCAGUGGCAAUGGUGGCGCAGCAGCGCGCGGCCAACACGCGCAAACUUCGGUGAUCGGUGCGGAGGGCGAAGUUGACGAAGUGGAAGAGAAACUCACAUUAUUACGCGACGAUAGCGUAGACGGUGGCGGCGGUGAUGACGGUGUGGACGGCGUUCGUACGGAGAGUGGCGAAAUGGAUGAUAAAUAUGCGACAACGAUGGAGGCAGCAGUGCGCGCUAUACAAGCAGCGGCGCUGGCUGGUGCGCGAGAGAGUGGCGGUGGCGGCGCAGUGACGUCCAGAGCGAAUGCAGCGGCAGUGGCGGGCACCACUGUCGAUGAGUUGAAAGUCGAACCACAAGCCACAAAUGUAACAGCAGCGGCGGCAACAGUGAAUACUACAAAAGCAACAGCAACAAAUGUGCCCGGGGCACUACAUUCUCAACUGCCAGCCACUGUGGUAUAUGGCAUAAAACCAGCCGCUACGACUACUUUGGUCAAUAGCCAGCUGUUUAAUGCAUCAUGUGGAGCAGCAGCAACUCCUACGUCAACAACAACAACAAAUGUAACCACAGUAGCGGGUGAAUCGCUUAGUACCACGGCAAUUGCCGCGACCUCUACGAAUAGUGCGGCCUCAACGGGCGCAUCUUCAGUAAUACCAACAACUACAUCAGCGUUAUUGCCACAUUGUGUCAACAACAAUAAUAAACUACUUGCCAAUGGCAGUAGCAACAACAAUAAAAACAGCAAUAAUAUAAACGUUAGCAACGCAAUGGCCAUGAUGACAAUGACGACGCCAGCGUUGACAAUUAUCGGCAGCGCUGGUCUGGCAAUGGGCCUUGGCAGCCUGGCGACAAUGACGACAGCUGGCGGCGCAGGUAAUCUAAAUGGUGUGCUCGGUGGUGGUAGCGCAACAGUUGGUGGCACAACAAUGUCGCACGCGUUCGGCGCUACAACACCGCUGCACAAUACUGCCGCCAACGCGGAUGGCGACGAUUCGACAGUCGCAAGCAACAGUUUGGUGGCGCGUGUGGCUGCAGCUGUGGCGGCAGCAGCAGCCGCUAAUGCCGCCGCCGCAGCCAAUGCAAAUCGGAAUGCCGUUAUCGGUAUAGACGAACAACAACUAGCGGCGGCGCGAUCCACGGGCGCAGCGGGCGCGGCGGGUGCUGGAGCUGGCGUUGGCGCUGCCAAUACCACUGCAACAACGGCCACAGAUUACGAAGCCGAUAUACAAAGCUUUUGUUGCAACAUCAGCGCAGACGAUGUGAAAACCGAAAUAAUUGAAGGCGACACGAAUGAACUAGUCAUGCUCGAACAACAACAACAACAGCAGCAGCAGCAACAGCAACAAACGCAACACCCACGUUCGUGCAGCGUCACCCCACUGACAGCUUCUGCGGUCAAUUAUUAUAAUUUGCCACCGAUGGCGGAAUUGCCAAUGUCUUCCAGCGUUGGUGGGCGUAAACGUAAGCUGCUUAGCUUACACGCUGAUGUGGCCUCGCCGUCCAAAAAGUCCGCAUUAGCGCUGCAACAACACUUACAGCAACAGAUACAAUUGCAACAUCAACAGCAACAGCAACAACAACAAACACAGACCCAACAUUCCAACGCACAAGCGAGCUCCAAGCAGCGCGAUCGUGAGCUAUUAGCCGCCAGCGCUGGUGGCGCAGUCACUUUCGCCGCCGUGGCCAAUAUUCAUAGUCAAAGUCAAAGUAGCAACAAUAACAACAGCGGCAAUAAUGGCAACAGCACUGGUAGCAGCAGCAGCUUGCAUAAUCAUAGUUCCAAUCAAAAUCCAAAGGCCAACACUAACAACAACAACAACGCCAGCAGCAGCAGUAGCAAUAGUGGCAGCCACAACAACAACAAUAACACUAAUAUGCAAUCGCUGAACGAUGAGUAUGGCGUAUUUGGCGAGUAUGUAGCCAUAACCAUACGCAAACUAAAGACGCCGAAAUCAAAGAUUGUCAUAAAGCAUCUCAUCAACAACUUAUUGUACGAGGCCGAAAUGGGCAAGUACGAUCACGGCAUGCCAUCGUCCAAAGAACCACCGCAAUUGUAUAAGAUGUGAUGUAAGGACGCCAGGUUGAACGCGCCGCACUUGGCUCCAACAACAACUGUUCCGCCUUGGUGCAGCACAACCACAUGCCACGACGCUGUCAAGCUGGAAGCGUUGUCGGACAUUAAAGCAGACCAUGUAUGCUGUAGUGGUAUAUGCGAUCAACGUGCGUACGGUUGCGGGGUUCACUGUUGUGGUCGGCAAACACCUGGACACUAGUCAUAGUUGAAGCAAAGCAAUCUAAUGCAGAGUAAACCAGAGCCAAAUAUGGCGUAAAGUGAAGUGAAGUGUCGGAAAGUGAAGCAAAAAACAUGAAGAAGCAAAAGUAGUAGUAGAAAGCAAAGCAAAGUGAUGUUUUCAAAAAAAAUGAAUUGAAACGAAAUGAAGUGCAAGUUAUAAUGAAUUAGCAAUGUUAAGCGGAAUUGUAGCAAAGUAGAAGUGAAAUGCGUUUAAAUCAGGGAAUAAAAAAGAAACAAUGUGAAUUUCAAACAAAAAAUAAAUAAAUAUAUAUGUAUAUAUAUAUAUAUAAACAUAUGUGAAUAUAUAUAUAAAAGAAACAGUACAUAUGAACAUGCUUAUGUAUAUAUAAUAUAAACUUAAACAUAAACAAAUAUACUUGUAGAACAAAGAAUAUAAGUGAGAAAUAGUUAAAGCUUUUAGCAAAAUGGGGAAUGCAUAACUGAAUCGUUAGGUAAGGGAAGACGUACAGAAUUGGCUGCAACGGGAGAACAAGUUAAACACACACACACAGACACACAACAACAUACCAUACAAUUUUACUACUUUAUAUACAUUAAACUCAGGUGCCUUUUUGAUAGUCAAAUAAGUUGUUAUUAAAUAUAUACUUUAUUGUAUUUAUCUUUAUAUAAAAAAAAAUAUAUAUAUACAUACAUAUAUAACUUAAUGUGUAUAGAAAAAAUAUUCAUAUGUACAUAUAUGAUUUAAAAACAAAACAAGAAACUUUGCAAGCAAACAAAUUGCAAUAAUGAAAAUUUAUUUACUAAAUGAAUUGAUAAAGAGAAAACUACUUAAUUUUAACUUUAUAUUUUAUUUUACUUUACUUACAAUAUUUGUACAGAAUGUACCUUUUAAAUUGAAAUGUUGAAAAAUGCUAAAUAAAGUAACAUGAA